ACGCAUCGCCAAGGUCGAACAUUCGCAUUGCCGGUGUUCGUCGAACUUACUGACUGUCAUUUUAUUCGCUCGUCGAGGAUUCUCCCAGCGGCUUGUUACUCACUUACUGUUAAAGGGAAGCACGUGCAUGAGCCCCAUCUAUCUGUCGCCCCUUUUUUCAAACGGCAGAAACUACGGCUGAAUUGGAAGUUGAAACCCCCAAGAUUGCGUCGGACUCCAGAAACCUCCGGCCCGCACACAUUUCACCACACUCCAACCUCCACAACCUCCACCAUGCCUCCUCUACCGCACAUAUUCACAGACGUCAAGCUAGAGAAGGUCAUCUACGACGCUACCCUCAAGCUUCUGCACGCGAUACAGGACGGCGAUCUUGACACCUAUCACGAACUUGUGGCACAUGAUGUCACCGCGUUCGAGCCGGAGGCUGGGGAGCACCAGGUGCACGGUUUAGAUUUCCACCGCUUCUACUUUGACCUUGCCCAUCCCGGUAGCGGCCAAAAGGCAAUCAUUGCCCCAACAUCGGCCGCCGACGGCCCAACUCAGGUUCUCUACGCGCCCGAAACAUCUCCACCCACGACCACCGUCUCCUUCCCAACCCAACCACCCCCCAUUCAACAAAUAACCAUCGCAUCCCCCCACAUCCGCAUCCUCUCCCCAGACCGCACAUCCGCCCUUAUCACCUACAUCCGCGUGACCCAAAAGCUCGUUGACGCGUCGAAAGGUGCGGCGGGCGUGCAGGUGUCUACGUCGCAGGAGACGAGGGUGUGGGAAUAUGAUAAGAAGGAUGGCGUGUGGAGGAAUGUGCAUUUUCAUCGGUCGGUUGUGCCGCCGCCGUCAAGGCCGCCGGUGCAUGUCGGGCGUGGCGGUGGGAAGAGGGAGUGUCAGGCGUGUGGAAGGGAUAGAGGUAGCAACGCUAAAUUGUAGAAAUGCGUAAAUUUCAACGUACGGUAUCCUCUGACGAGCGGAGAUCAAUUUUGUAUCAAACACAAUUCACGACAGUACUUCCUUCGUAUAGGAGAAAAAAG